AUGUAUAGGGUCCGCUGGCCCUCAUCCGAAAUUAUUGUGUGCACAGUUCUCUAUGAUCCGGAUGCUUAUGUUUGCGACACGGUUCUGCCCCGACACGUGCCCGUCACGUGUUCACAUUCUAUCGAACAGUUACUGUUCGACUCUGAGGCGCGUUAUUUAAUGCCAACAAAUUUUUUAUUGCUGGUAAUAUUUUCUAUCUAUCUAUCUAUCUAUCUAUCUAUCUAUCUAUCUAUCUGUUUGGUUUGUUUUGUUUUACGGCAUAUCAACCUCAAUGGGUUAUUUAAUGCCGACAAAAUUUUUAUUGCUGGUAAUAUUUUUUAUCUAUCUAUCUAUCUAUCUAUCUAUCUAUCUAUCUAUCUAUCUAUCUAUCUAUCUCAAUAUAUAUAUAUAUGCAGACACUUCUUUGUAAACAAUGAUGACAUGUCCGGGAUAAAAUUCUUCUUCUUCUUCUUCUUCUUCUUCUUUUUUUUUUCCUCCUCCUCCUCCUUCUUUUUUCUUCUUCUUCUUCUUCUUCUUCUUCUUCUUCUUCUUCUUCUUCUUCUUCUUCUUCUUCUUUUUUACCUCCUCCCUCUUCUUCUUCUUUUUCUUCUUCUUUUUUUACCUCAUCCCUCUUCUUCUUCUUCUUCUUCUUUUCCUCCUCCUCCUUCUUCUUCUUCGUCUUCUCUACCUCCUUCUUCUUCUUCUUCUUCUUCUUUUUUCCUCCUCCUCCUCCUCCUUCUUCUUCUUCUUCUUCUCUACCUCCUUCUUCUUCUCUUCUCCUCCUCCUCCUCCUCCUCCUUCUUCUUCUUCUUCUACUUCUUCUUCUUCUUCUUUGUGUGGUAUCAGAAGAUCCCCGUGUCUACUGCUGUAAUUAAGGACGACUUCUCUCUCAAGGUUCCGUUCACGCAGGCCAAACAUUUUGACAGGACGCUUAAUGGAAUAAGCAUCGGACUCAGCAAAGAGGUGACAUCAAAGUGA